AUGAAGCUCAUCCUUGCCAUCUCCAUAUUGCUCAUAUUAUCCCCAGCCUACUAUUGUCAAAAAAAGUGCGCAACAGGAUUUGUGGAAGUUCAACGUGCGCCAACCGCCGCCAAUCAAUUCACCGCCAAAUUUUGUCUGAAAAUCGCGAGCUCCGCGAAUGCUCUGAGUUUGGAGGAUGCUGAAGGACUGUGCUCGAAACACGGCGCGAAAUUGGCAAUGUUUGAAAGUCUGGCCGAGCAGAAUUUGUUUAAAGAGCGUGAGUAAUGCGAUGCGCUGCGUGUUGCGUUGCGGUCGGUUACUGUUGGGUUAGUGUAACUCUUGAACUGCAAGGAUUACUGUACCUAGAACUGCAAGAAAUCCCGAACUGUAAGGGAUACUGUAUCUCAAGAGUAUAUAGAACUACAAGGGAUACUGUAUCUUGAGGUUUAGUGUACCCAGGACUGCAAGGAUUACUGUAAUCCCAGGAACUGUAUCUCAAGGGUACCUAGAACUGGAAGGAUUACUGUAUCUUGAGGGUUGUGGUGUACCUAGAACUGCAAGGAUUACUGUAGCAUACUGGGUACUGUAAAUCCCGAACUACAAGAAUUACUGUAUCUCAAGGUUAUAUAGAACUGCAAGAAUUACUGUAUCUUGAGGGUUGUGAUCUACCUAGAACUACAAGGAUUACUUUAGCCUGCGAGGUACUGUAGAUCCCGAAUUGCACAAAUUCCCGAACUGCAAGAAUUACUGUAUCUCAAGGGUAUAUAGAACUGCAAGGGAUACUGUACUCUAGGACUAUUUCCGAAUGGAAGGGGUCAAUUUCUCUGCGUCUCUAAUUUUCCAUCUACCUGAUUUCUCUGCGUCUCUAACCCCAGAGUGAUAUCUAGCUUCUCUGCGUCUCAAACCCUCUAACUGUCUAGCUUCUCUGCAUCUUUAACCUCACAGUGUAUAUCCAGCUUCUCUGCGUCUCUAACUCUCUAGCUUCUUUGCGUCUCUAACCUCACAGUGCUAACCGACUUCUCUGCGUCUCUAACCUCAUAGUGCUAUCUAGCUUCUCUGCUUCUCAAACCCUCUAACUGUCUAGCUUCUCUAACCUAAGAUUGUUAUCUAGCUUCUCUGCGUCUCUAACCUCACAGUGCUAAUUGGUUUAUCUGCGUCUCUAACCCCAGAGUGCUAUCUAGCUUCUCUGCGUCUCUAAUCCCAGAGUGUUAUCUGGUUUCUCUGUGUUUCUAACCUCAGAGUGCUAUCUAGAUUCUCUGCGUCUCUAAUUUUUCAUCUACCAGGAUUUAUCUGCGUCUCUAACCUCAGAGAAUUUAAAGUCUCGCAGCGAAAAUCGGCCUACUGUAGCCUCUCAUUUUCAGACCUCAAACCAAAAGUUCACAUCCGAAUCGACGGUGUCCGACGAGUCGAAUGUAUUAUGCCCGCAGAUCUCAAGGAUAAGCAAAAAUGCUCGCCUCAAAAGGUGGACUUAGGCUAACUAGAUUUUCACGACUCAAAACAAAAUUUGCAGGCAUUCAUCCCGCUUCACGAAGGCACCGAUCCGAAAUUCACAUUCAACAAUUGGCAACUUCACAACCCGAAUCACGAUUAUGUGUAAGUUCGCGGUUGCGGCCGCGACGCGCGACCGCGUCGCAACCAAAAGCCUAUGUAUAUAAUAUUCAGAAAUUUGAACGAACAAUGCUUGAUUCUUGUGCAUGGCCGGGAAACUGGCGAUAUCUCGUGCAACGCAAUGCCGAAGAAUUAUUUUAGAGCCGAUAAGGCGUUGUGUGGAAAAUUGCCUAAUUGA